AUCAAUAUAAAGCGAUAAGUACACAGUCACAUGACUAACUCAUCCAGCAAACUCUGUCACAUGAAAUCCCCCAACGUUUAUAGGUAGAUGAGGGACGGAGGAGACACAAGGACAAUUUGGCAUUGGGAUUUAGAGGAGGACAGGCAUGCAUGGGUAACAAUGUGAGUCGCCGCUCCAAAAUGGCCACUGUCGGAGAACAGACCCCCAUUGUGAGCAAUCACACCAAGGAUAAAGCCACCAAGGCCAAGGUCACACUAGAAAACUACUACUCCAACCUGGUGGCACAGCAUGAGGAGCGGGAGAAUAGAUAUCGCCUUUUGGAGCAGUCAAUGAACACAGAUGGCCUCUCAGAGGAACAGAAAUCGGAGAGAAGACAACAACAUGCUUCCAAGGAAACAGAAUUUCUGAGGUUAAAAAGGUCAAGGUUAGGGGUAGAAGAUUUUGAGCCAAUCAAAGCCAUCGGCAGAGGGGCAUUUGGAGAGGUGCGACUGGUUCAGAAAAAAGACACAGGUCAUGUCUAUGCCAUGAAAAUUCUCAGAAAAGCUGACAUGGUGGAAAAAGACCAGAUUGCCCAUGUGCGAGCAGAGAGAGACAUUCUGGUAGAAGCAGACCAUCAGUGGGUGGUUAAGAUGUAUUAUUCCUUCCAAGAUCAGCAAAAUCUGUACCUCAUCAUGGAAUACUUACCUGGAGGUGAUAUGAUGACACUGCUGAUGAAGAAGGAUACACUAACAGAGGAACAGACUCAGUUUUAUAUAUCAGAAACAGUGUUAGCUAUAGACUCUAUACACAACCUCGGCUUUAUCCAUAGGGACAUUAAACCUGAUAACUUACUGCUAGAUGCCAAGGGACAUAUCAAAUUAUCGGACUUUGGCCUUUGUACAGGCCUGAAGAAAUCUCAUAGAACAGACUACUACAAAGAUCUCAAAAAUGCCAAAGCUCGGGAUUUUAGUUCGAAUCCAAUGGAUUCAAAACGAAGAGCUGAAAGCUGGAAAAGAAAUAGACGACAGUUGGCCUAUUCCACAGUGGGAACCCCCGAUUAUAUUGCCCCAGAAGUAUUUAUGCAGACUGGUUAUAACAGCAGCUGUGAUUGGUGGUCAUUAGGGGUCAUUAUGUAUGAAAUGUUAAUAGGUUAUCCUCCAUUUUGUUCUGAGAACCCACAAGAAACUUACAGGAAGGUCAUGAACUGGAGAGAAACUCUCGUCUUUCCGCCAGAGAUGCCAAUUUCCAAUGAAGCAAGGGAUUUAAUUCAAAGAUUUUGCUGUGAUGCUGACCAUAGAAUAGGUGCAGGCAAUCCAGAUGAAAUCAAGUCCCAUGUUUUCUUCAAAGGAGUGGACUGGAAGCACAUAAGAGACAGACCUGCUGCCAUCCCAGUGGAGGUCAAAAGCAUUGAUGACACGUCCAACUUUGAUGAAUUCCCGGAUAUAGAUCUCAAGUGGCCUGCCAACAAAGAUGGGGCCCCACAUCAGGGAGCUAAUCAUUCCACGACAGAGGGUGAUCCCAAAUACAAAGACUGGGUGUUCAUAAACUAUACAUACAAACGAUUCGAAGGACUCACUCAAAGGGGGAGGCAGCCAUUUGCAAACACGUAGGCACCGCCCCAACGUAGAAAUGGCACUUAAGUUAUUUAUGUACUCAAAGGAAUUAAGUAAUCUCUGUGGAUGGCUCUUUGGGAUGACAGUUAGUGAUGCCAGUUUGGGAAGAGCUGUCAGCUUUCCUGUUUAGCAGCUUUCACUGUCUGUCCUACAGAUGUAACGUCUAUAAAAGGGAUGUAUUUAGGAGGAGAAAACAAAUUUUCUUUUUCUAAAUGAAAUUUUUUCACCAGUUUUGUUGUGUUUGUAGAUGUGGAUAAGAAAGUAUAAUGUCAGUUAACAAGAGGGAAUGGUUUUACUUGCUUUAAAUCCAUAAUUGUGAUGUAAUUUGUUUUAAAUGCUAGGGUUUCACAUAGGACAUGCAAUUAAAGGUUGAAGAUGUAUGUUGCUUGGAUUUUAAAUAACAUUUACUACAAAGUACAAUUUUAUAGUUUGAUCUAUAUAUUUUUUUCUUAUUAAAAUAACAAAGGAUUCUAGUUAUAAUCAAAAGUUGCUAAACUAAGUUCUUUUCUUUUACCGGUAAGAAGUUAUGUAGUAAAGUGGGUGUUUCAAUUAUACAUGGGGGUUGAAUGUAAAAAUAUUUUUGUGUGAUUUCCCUUAAAAUACAUACUAAUUUUAAUGGAAGGAAAAUUAAGAUAUGAAGAAGAGAAAGUAUAUGUCCAUUUUCCCAAAGAUUAUUUCAUACUGAAAGAGUCAUGUUUCAGAUUGUUUGUUCCAUUGCUGCAUUUACAAAGCUUCAGUUUGAAUCUUGUUGACUAUUGAUUGCAAAGAACAUUCCAGCGUUAUCCUUAUGAUUAUGGGAAACUGUUUUUAAUUAAUUUUUACAAAAGUUUUUCAAAAUGAGAAAUUCUGAGAUAUACUGUGCUUAAGUGAGCAGAGAAGGUGGUUUACAUUUGUGAAACAGGUCAGAAUUAUAUGUGCAGCUGUUUUACAAUAUUCCAACAGUUUUAUUUAUAAGCCACUAACACACACAAAAUAUAUCUUAUAUACUCACAUAUAGGUGAAAUUUUGGGGGAUUAAAGUUUAGUCCAAACCUCUAUGUUUAAAGUAUACCUUGAAAGUCAGCAUUUUCUUAUCAAUUGAAUUUUGUGGUUGACUUAACCCAAGUUAGGACAUAUAUGGAAUCUGAAAUUAGUAAAUGAUUCAAAUAAAAAAUCAUACCAACUGAUAGAUCUGUCAUUGGUUGAUUCCUUCAAAACAAUCUGAAAAAAUACAACCAACUUAAAAGUAAACCUACCUGUAUGCGAGUAUAUGUGGUAUGUCCAUUUAUUAACAAUAAUCAUCCAUUAGUGCGACAAAAAGAAAACAUCUUAAGUGCUCAAUUUUGAUUUUAUUAAAUCUCUAAAUCUCAUAUCACUGAUGCUUUUAUUCUGAAAAACUUUGGACUUGAUUUUGGGAGAGAAGGUCAUGAUGUCACAAACAUAUAGGAAUUCUAAAGAAAUAUUUAACAAGACGAAGUAUUUUGCAAUCUUUCUGAAGAGAGGGUUGGGUUUUAGUGUCACAUACAAUGUAUGUACGUUUAGUUGUCUACCAUUUGACCUAUGCUUAUUUGUUUUUCUUGGAUCUUUAGCCAACAUUGUAAAAUCAUAUUAUAUUAGGAAAGUUUUUAGUUACCAGGCAUGAUAUCUUCAAAAAAAGUUCCUCAAGCAAUAUUACUGUUGUAGUUGCAUACUUUGAAUGUAGUUAGCAUACUAUUGUAUUUUAAGUUUGUAACAUUUAUGGAGUGGAACGAUAACUUAGUUAUCAAUGAUUUGUGUAAUUUUUUUUUUUUCAUAUCAUUUUUUUUUUGUUUUUGCUAGCGAUAUUAAGCAUUGUUUUGAUAUUUAUGAUGUUUUAAGGGGCGUGGUUGAUCCUGUGAAAUAGUUUAUGUAUGGAAGAUAAGUGUGAUACAAUUGUUGAUUUUUAAAAUUAUUUAUCAUUGUUUAAUGCUGAUUGAAAAUAUCUAGCUAAAUAAGCUUGACACAAAAUGAAAAGAGGCUGAAAGUGAGAAAGAAUGAUUGGUGCCUAGACCAGGAUUAAACUGGAAUAUUUGGCAUCCUGCUAUUGAACACUACCACUUGCAUUCAUUUUAACAUAUUCCUUUUUGAAUCACUAUUCUUCUUUUUCUACCUCAUAUGUAAUAUAUGUACAAGCUUAAAAACAUAAACCAACAUUAUGUGCAAGUUAUUUUUUAAUAUAUGCUCUGGCAAACACAUUUAUGGCAUACAUUUAAACAUGUAUUAAUAGUAACUUAAUUAACAUUCAAGAAUUCAAAAUAACAUUUAAAAAACUUUAGCAUUUGUCCUUUGAGGAAUUGCUUUAUGUCAGUGUUAAAAUAUUUUGUGCCAUAGCAGUCUUUUAGGUAAGUAAAAUUUUCCUGUGACAUUUGUUUUCUGUUAACAGUUUGAAUUUUUAAGAUUUUGUUUCCAAAUCAAAUUGACUUUCUGGGCAAAGUCACAGUAGCAAUAACUCAGCUGUAGUACACAACACAAUCACUCCCACAGAAAGGUCAAAGUUUAAAGUUCACCAGGGAUGUGUCAGUCACUGUGAUAUGUAGAAUUGUCUCCAUAUGGUGGGUGUUGACAAUAAAAAAAAAUUGCCAACCAAUUUA